GAGACCGUUGCAGGCGCAAUCGAAUCAUGUCGAAGUGUUUUUGUGCUUAUCUUCGUUAAAUUACUAUUGCAAUUCCUCGAUUACACGGCAGCAUCAUACAUUAGAUCCGUGGUAAAAAGGUACUCGUUGUCUGCGUGGAUCGUACAACUUGUCACUGAUUAUUAGGUAUUGUUCAACAAUCAUGGCGCUGUUGAAGACUGUCAUUGCCAUCUUCCUUAUUGUCGCGGCAUUCAACGCCACAUCAUUCUUUACGCACUUUAAAAAUUUUCUCUCUCCAAUUCUCAAAAUGCUUCGAACGCGGAUUCCUUCGGUUGUCAAUCUAUUAGAAGAAACUGUGGCCACAAUUUACAAGUAUUGCGCUGAGAGCUUGCUUAAGGACAUCAAGAGAGCCAUCGUUGUUUUAACCGAACUGGUUGGAAGGGUGGCUGAGUUAUUCCAUCCAGCUGUUAGAAGUUUGCUUGAAGUUGUAACUGAUGGCUUGGUUGCCCUUCACAACAAUGGAAUGGGUUAUACUGACGAAUUCCUACAGCAAGUUCUUGGCAUUGACGGUGCUACUUUACCAGAUCAAGUUGGAAGAGCAAGAAACAAACUCUUAUCGGUGAUUUUGUUGCUCUUUUGGAUCAUCAUGGGUAUCAUUUGCAUUUCCAGAAUGUCUUAUAACAAAUUUUUCCUUUUGAUGUCUGGUACAUUCCUUGUCCAUGCUUUUUUUGGGCCCGUGUGGUGUAUACGACGGUUAGCAUUUUGCAUUGGAAUUUGCUUAUGGAUGGGUUCUUUAGUCUCCAGUAAGCCAAUACCAGCGGCGAUCACUGUUUUGCUUGCUUUCACAUUGACAGGCUUUAGAAAAUGGCAGAAGAAAGUUGCUAUGACGUCGAACACAAGUCAUCUCUUGAAGUUUAACCAAAGUAUUGAGAAAAGACUUGAUGGAAUAGAAAGAAAACUAGACCUUUUGAUGACGAGGCUAAAUGACAUAAACAACAAUAUGCACUCCAGCUAUUAAAGAAGUUGGGCUAUGAAUUUAUUUUUUGCCAAUGUUGAUUGGGGGAGAAGUUACAAAAGUCAAACCUGCUAAUCAUUGCAAUUACAGGAUGGACAUGUCUUCUUUCAAAUAAAGAUUAGAUUAUGAUUAUUCAUAAUCAACUAUAAUGUUUAGGAAUCAAGGACUAGUGAUAAAUGUUCCUUAUGAUAAAUAUACUAGUUGUUCAAACAUGACAACAAGAAAAGCAUGUCAUUGAAUAAGGAUACUAAUGGAUCAUACCUCACGCUGUUCACUUUAGUCACCAUUUGUUGAUAUUGCUUGAUGCAGAAUCGAUUUUCCUUGAUGUCUAACCCUUAAACACUUAAGAGUGAUUGGCAUCUAAUUUCUCCUUAUAAUGUCACCCCUGAAUCAAACAUUAAGGUAAUAAGAAUAAAGGAAAUUGUUGGAAACUAAAGAAGCUCUUGAUUGUUAGACAAAUUCUCCUUGUAAAUACCUCAGGACAUGUAAAAGGAACAGUAUGGAGAACUUGUAUACUGAUGUUGUGGUUUGGAAAAGUUUUAGCCUUGCCAAU